AUACCUGUAACACCUCUGUGCCGUGCUCUGCCUCGCCCAGGGGAGACGUGGAACCCGUUCAAGCUGCAGUUCCAGCUGCGGAACGUGCGGGAGCGCCUGGCCAAGGCGCUGGUGGAGAAGGGCAUCCUGUGCACGGCCCGGCAGAACUUCCUGCUCUUCGACCUCACCACGCACCCGGUGCUGGACGGCGCCGAGAAGCGGCGGCUGCAGCGGCGGCUGCAGGAGAGCGUCCUGGAGCGCCGGGCCCGCGACCCGCGGCGCCUGCAGCCGCGCACCCUCGCCCUGCUGGUGCUCGCCCACUCCUCGGACGUGCUGGACGGCGUCUUCGGCGGGCUGGCCCACGGCACGUACGAGCUGGCCAUGGCCGGGGCCCGCGACCUGCUGCACCUCGACCCCGAGCUGGAGGCGGCCAAGGCCCGCGGCGGCUCCGAGAUGAUCUGGGCCGUGCUGGCGGCCUUCAACAAGGGCUGAGGGACCUGCUGGGGGGGACUGGGACACUGCUCCGGGGGGAGAGGGACCCUGGGGAGCACCCUGGGACACGGGCAGGGGCCUGGGGCCCUGAGGACAUCCCCAGACUGCAGCGGGGACACCCUGAGAACCUCCCCAAAGUGCAGCGGGGUCACCCUGAGAACAUCCCCAAAGUGCAGCGGGGACACCCUGAGAACAUCCCCAGAGUGCAGCGGGGAGCCCCUGAAACCUCCCCAAAUUGUACUGGGGAACCCCUGAGAACCUCCCCAAAGUGCAGCGGGGAGCCCCUGAAACCUCCCCAAAUUGUACUGGGGAACCCCUGAGAACCUCCCCAAAGUGCAGCGGGGAGCCCUAAAAACCUCCCCAAAUUGUACUGGGGAACCCCUGAAACCUCCCCAAAUUGUACUGGGGAGCCCCUGAAACCUCCCCAAAGUGCAGCGGGGAGCCCCUGAAACCUCCCCAAAUUGUACUGGGGAGCCCCUGAGAACCUCCCCAAAGUGCAGCGGGGAGCCCCUGAGAACCUCCCCAAAUUGUACCGGGGAGCCCCUGAGAACCUCCCCAAACUGCUCCAGGGAGCCCCUGAAACCUCCCCAAACUGCUCCAGGGAGCCCCUGAAAACUGCCCCACACUGCUCUGGGGAGACUCAGACCCUGAGAACCUCCCCAAAGUGCAGCGGGGAGCCCUAAAAACCUCCCCAAAUUGUACUGGGGAACCCCUGAGAACCUCCCCAAAGUGCAGCAGGGAGACCCUGAGAACCUCCCCAAACUGCUCUGGGGAGACUCAGCCCCUGAGAACACCCCAAAAAACAUCCGGGAGGCCUAAAAACCUCCCCAGACUGCAUUGAGGAGACUCAGCCCCUAAAAACAUCCCCCAAAGUGCUCUGGGGAGAUUCGGCCCCUAAACAAACCCCAAACUGCAUCAGGGAGCCCCUGAAAACCUCCCCAAGCUGCUCCAGGGAGAUUUGGCCCCUAAAAAACACCCUGGAAGACAGUGAGGAACCUCAGCCCCUGAAAACCCCCCAGACAAAAUCUGGGAGCCCUAAAAGCCUCCCCAGACUGCAUUGAGGAGCCUCAGCCCCUAAAAACACCCCAAAGUGCUCUGGGGAGACUCAGCCCCUGAGAACACCCCAAAAAACAUCUGGGAGCCCUAAAAACCUCCCCAGACUGCAUUGAGGAGCCUCAGCCCCUAAAAACACCCCCCAAACUGCUCUGGGGAGAUUUGGCCCCUAAAAAAACCCCUAAAGACAGUGAGGAGCCUCAGCCCCUGAAAACACCCCCCAAAGUGCUCUGGGGAGACUCAGCCCCUAAAAAAACCCCUAAAGACAGUGAGGAGCCUCAGCCCCUGAAAACACCCCCCAAAGUGCUCUGGGGAGACUCAGCCCCUAAAAAAACAGCCUAAAAGACA